AUGCCCAAUAUUAGGGCAUAUAUUGUUGAUCUACACACAUCCUCUCAGCGUCAAUUUAAAAGUAUAUCUACAAGAAAAUUUAAUCUAUCUAUCUAUCUAUCUAUCUAUCUAUCUAUCUAUCUAUCUAUCUAUCUUCUAUCUCACAAUUAUUCAUAUCAAUCAGCAUAUUUUUAUAUCUAUCUAUCUAUCUAUCUAUCUAUCUAUAUCUAUCUAUCUAUCUAUUUAUUUUUAUCAAUCUAUUAUAAUCUUCAAUCUUUUAUCAAUAUUCAUAUCAUAAUAUUUUUCUAUCUAUCUAUGAUAUUCAUAUAUAUUUAUCUGAACAUCUCUAUCUAUCUAUCUAUCUAUCUCAGAAUAUUCAUUCAAUCUCAAAAACAAUCUUCAUCUAUCAAUCUUUUCUAUCUAUCAUAUCUAUCUAUCUAUCUAUCUAUCUCAAGUAUUUAUCUAUCAUCAUAUCUAUCUAUCUAUCUAUUUUAUCUAUUUCUAUCUAUCUAUUCUAUCUAUCUAUCUUUUCAUUAA